CCAGCGUUGGAAGUUGCACAUUUUCCAGGUGUACGUGAACGCAGCAUACGUUAGUGCACGCUUGCUAGCACGAUAGUUUCACGCUGACAUCUGAAUAAAGACUCACGAUGGCAGAGAAUGAUGUUGAUAAUGAACUUCUGGACUAUGAGGAUGAUGAUGAGCCCCAGGGGCUGCCAGAGAGUGGUACCCCAGCAAGCAAGAAGGAGGUUAAGGGCUCCUAUGUCUCCAUCCACAGCUCAGGCUUCAGAGAUUUUCUCCUCAAACCAGAACUGCUCCGUGCCAUUGUUGACUGUGGGUUUGAGCAUCCUUCAGAAGUUCAACAUGAGUGCAUUCCUCAAGCGAUCCUAGGCAUGGAUAUCCUGUGUCAGGCCAAGUCUGGUAUGGGCAAGACAGCUGUGUUUGUACUAGCCACUUUGCAGCAGAUAGAACCAGUGGACGGGCAGGUGUCUGUCCUUGUGAUGUGUCACACACGAGAGUUGGCCUUCCAGAUUAGUAAAGAGUAUGAGCGCUUCUCCAAGUACAUGCCCACUGUCAAGGUCUCUGUGUUCUUUGGUGGCCUGGCCAUUAAGAAAGACGAGGAAGUCCUGAAGAAGAACUGCCCCCACAUUGUUGUAGGAACCCCAGGACGUACUCUGGCACUCAUUCGUAACAAGACCCUCAGCGUGAAAAACAUCAAACACUUUGUGCUCGACGAGUGUGAUAAGAUGUUGGAGCAGUUGGACAUGAGGCGUGACGUCCAGGAAAUAUUCAGACUGACGCCUCACGAGAAGCAAGUUAUGAUGUUCAGCGCAACUCUGAGCAAGGAGAUCCGGCCUGUCUGCCGCAAGUUCAUGCAGGAUCCAAUGGAAGUGUUUGUGGAUGAUGAGACCAAGCUGACCCUUCAUGGCUUACAGCAGUAUUACUGCAAGUUGAAGGACAGCGAGAAGAACCGAAAGCUGUUCGACCUCCUCGAUGUGCUGGAGUUCAACCAGGUGGUGAUCUUUGUGAAGUCUGUGAAUCGCUGCGUUGCUCUGUCCCAGCUGCUGGUGGAGCAGAACUUCCCGGCUAUUGCUAUCCACCGGGGCAUGGCCCAGGAGGAGAGGCUUUCCCGGUACCAGCAGUUUAAAGACUUCCAGAGGCGGAUCCUGGUGGCAACCAACCUGUUCGGCCGUGGCAUGGAUAUUGAACGAGUCAACAUUGUUUUUAACUACGACAUGCCAGAGGAUUCUGACACAUACCUUCACAGAGUGGCCCGUGCUGGCAGGUUUGGGACUAAAGGCCUGGCCAUCACGUUUGUGUCAGACGAAACCGAUGCCAAGAUCCUGAACGAAGUCCAGGAUCGCUUCGAGGUCAAUGUAGCAGAGCUACCAGAUGAGAUUGACAUCUCCUCCUACAUUGAACAGUCCAGAUGAGUCUGAAGUGUCCUUCCGGUGAAGCCUGCGUGUGACCCCUGUUGUUGUUGUUGUUGUAUUAAUGGAAAAAAAACCAACGAUACCCCUAAUAUGUUAAAAUCUCUCUCCCUCCCUAUAUGUAGGCAAGUUCAGAAAACAUUUUUUUAUUUCCUCAUGUCUUUGCAGAGUGCUUAUUUUAGUGUUUUCAAUUAUUUGAUUAUGUUUUGGUUUAAGAAUAAUAAAUU